AAUUAAAUUUGCGCAUUAAAAGAAAAGGGGUUAAUGAUUUAGCGCAAAGCAGAAAAUUAGGAAAUUGUUUAUUCGCGAUUCCCAAUCCGUUGCGGAAUUCUUCCGCUUCGAUAUAUAGAUACAAUCCAACCCACCACGGUACCGAUCGACUUCCGUUGAUUCCGGCAGCGUUUUCUUAGACCCACCGCCGACUUGCAGCAGUUCUUCCUCAAAUCUCUCUUUUCAACAACGAUCAAUCGCCUCCUAAAGAAAUUCACACUAGAAUUUCCGCCGGCAGCAAUAUGAUGCUCAGAAUUCGCAGCAGAGAUGGCCUGGAGCGUGUUGCUGUAGAGAGUCCACACAUUACGAUCGCUCAACUCAAAGCGAUUAUUCAAUCUCAGCUCAAGAUUCCAAUCCACAACCAAACCCUCUCCACUAACCAAAAUAUUCUGUUGGCUAAUGCUCAUGGCGAUCGUUCGAAAUUCAUGGACAUGUCUAAUCCUAAUACCCUUCUUUCCUCACUCAAUCUCUCUCAUGGCUCUAUUGUGUAUCUUGCUUAUGAGGGUGAGCGUACUGUUGCUGGACCUUCCAUCCAUCCCGCUGGAUCUUUUGGCCGUAAAAUGACUAUGGAUGAUCUAAUCGCUAGGCAGAUGCGGAUCACCCGUCAAGAAAAUCCCCACUGUGAAUUGGUUUCGUUCGACAGGGAUUGCGCGAAUGCUUUCCAGCAUUAUGUUAAUGAAACGCUAGCCUUCGCCGUCAAACGUGGGGGAUUUAUGUACGGAACGGUGUCGACGGAAGGCAAGGUCGAGGUAGAUUUCAUAUAUGAGCCGCCACAGCAAGGGACUGAGGAUAAUUUACUGUUCUUCCGAGAUCAAGAUGAGGAAAGAUUGGUGGAAGCGAUUGCUGUUGGUUUGGGGAUGAGGAAAGUUGGGUUUAUAUUCACGCAGACAAUUAGUCGGGAGAGGAAGGACUACACCUUAUCCAACAGGGAAGUACUUCAGGCAGCUGAGUUUCACUCCGAGAGCGGGUUGAAGGAGUGGGUGACAGCAGUUGUGAAGCUGGAGGUGAACGAAGAUGGGGGUGCUGAUGUUCAUUUUGAGGCUUUUCAAAUGAGUGAUGUGUGUAUUAAAUUGUUCAAGGAAGGUUGGUUUGAGACGGAUAUUCAAGAGGAUUUUGAUCCUAAGCUAUCCAAGAUGAAGAAGGACGUUGUUGUCGGUGUCAAAGACACUAGAGAUGUUGACAAUGAUUUCUUCCUGGUGGUGGUAAAGAUUUUCGACCAUCAGGGUCCACUUUCUACGACUUUUCCCAUCGAAAACCGAAACGUUCCAGUGACAAUGAAGGCAUUGAAGAAUCACCUAGACCGUUCGAAAGGGCUUACAUUUGUGAAGCGAAUUUCGGACUUUCAUUUGCUGCUUUUACUGGCCAGGGUGUUAGACGUGAGCUCUGAUGUUCCUGCGCUCGCGGAGUGCGUUCAGACGCAGACACCCGUUCCUGAAGGUUACAAAAUACUGAUCGAGUCUAUGGCUAGUGCUGCUUGAUGUUUAGUGUCGACUAAGACGACUGGUCUUAGAGUGGCUGUGUUCUUAUCGGCUUAUAUUGGAUCUCUCUCUCUCUCUCUCAAUUACUUUUCGUCAGCGUCUCUCUUGACAACUUAAGAUUAGGGUUAUAUUUAUAAGUAUAUUGUCAUCGGCUAAUGAUGUUAAACUUAUUAA